AUGGCGAUGGCUGCCUCUACCUCUAUAACGACCACCUCCCUGGAACCCACGUCAUCCUACUCAUACGACUCCCUCUUUGGUACCAGCACGUCCUCUAGCUCGGCCGCUUCAUAUACCGGCUCCGAUGAAUACCCCGUAUUUCCAAACGGGGCCUAUUUCUCCAGGUUUUAUGUUGUCUCAUCCCAGGAAUCUGGUCUCACCGACCUUGAUAUUGAUCUCUACAAUGAAUGCUUCCUACCGUACAACCCGUUGUCACACCACAAUUUCCGCAGGGAUGACGCGACUACAACUAUGUCCCCCAGGCCCACCUAUCUGAUCGAUGAGGCUCCGUGUAAACGACAAGCAGCGAUCAAUUCUAAUUGCUACUUCCAAAACACAAACGGCACGUUUUCAGGGCUUCAGACGUAUUCGGACGAUUGGGAUGUCCAGCAGCAUUGCUAUUGUGACAUAUAUCCAUUCUUUGAUUCGGCAGCUGGUUGUCAGGAAUGUUUCAGAAAGCAUGGAGGCAUUGAGGGCUACCACUGGUUCCCAGAGAGUUACGUGAUGGGAGUCUCGAGCGCCUACUGUAGCGCCAAUCCCCAAACGACAGGAUUCUAUCCUUUCGCAAAUGCAUGGUCGAGGACCUCGGCAUCCAGUUUGCCUACUAGCACUGCUGUUGAUAGCUUAGGCACGCAGACAGCUGCUAGUCUUUACUACACCUACGCCGCGGAAAAUACAGCUGCCGGUGGUAGUAGCAAAAGCGAGAAAAACAGCGCUACGUCAAGCACGCGCCUCAGCUUGAAGGGGGCUUUUGUGGCCGUACUGCCACUGGUUCUAAUAUUAUCCCAAUGA